UCUGCUGGCCAGUCACAAAAGCACAAACGGGUAUUGUUCUCCUAGUCAUUUAUAAAUAAAGUUCGAUUUCGAUUGAAAGCGCCAGUCCAACAUGGCGUCCCUAGCAACCGAACGGCAACAUCACACGCAGGGUGACUCAGAGACUCCAUCUUUACCUGAUAGCCGGGACGGUGUGGAUGAAAGACAGUCCAGGAAGAAAGCCAUACAGUUCUUUAAGGAAGUCCAAAAGACCCGGAUGCUUGUUGACAAGUUGGAAAGAGAGAGGAUGCUGAGUAUCCAGUGCAGGAAGAACGGAUGGACUGAUGUAGCGACAGAGCUGGAAAAGUAUGAGAAAACGCUAAUAGCGCAAAGAAGCGCACAAAAAAUGCAUCUUCAGAAGCAGCUGGUGAAGAUUCAAAAUGGCGUCAGGGAAUUUAAGAAACAGCUGAUAGACAUGAAACCAACUCCCACGUUGAUUGAAAAGCUGAAGGAAAUAAUGUCACAGGUGGAAAUCUCCAUCAGCAAUUUAAAGGAAGAACAACGCUCAUGCUUUGGGGAGCUUCUGAAGGAAGAGAGGACAUGUGCACAAGAGGUCACCGCUUAUGAGAAGAAGAUAGAAAACUGGAGCCGUUCCACCAAGUCUGAUUCCAAACUCUCUGCUGUUCCAACCGUGAAGAGCAAAUCCUUGGACAGAGAUCUCCCUUUAGAGGUCCGAGCUCUGGAAGCCUUCCUUCAGAAGACAGGAGGAGUCUGCGGCGGUUGGGAGGAGUACGAUCACCAAGUUUUCCUCAAGGUUUGGACCAAGCACAGAGGGCAAGCCUCCUUCAGGAAAGAGGCUAAAGUGUUUCUGCCCGGUAAAAGUCAGGAGGACAUUGAAGAACACGAGAGGUGGCACCAGGAGGUGAUCCAUCUGCAGAACAAAAGGAGAGAGGCCAUCCAAAGAUGGAAAAGCAGGAAGGAAGUGGAACGUCAAACCAGGAUACAGAAGCUGGCAGAAAUGGAGGAAGCUGAGCGGAAAAAGAAAAGUUCCAAGUUCCAGCAAAGCAAAACCGAGGAGGAGAAGAAGCUGGCUGCUCAGAGACUGGAGGAGUGGAAGGAGGCCAAGAGAAGAAAAGAGGAGCAGGAGGAGGAGAAGAUUCGAGCUGAGCGGGUCCAAAAGAACAGAAUAGCAAAGGUGGAGCGUCGCCGUCAUCUGGAGGCAAAGAUGACCUCAGAGACCUCAGCAGAGGAGGAGGACGAGAAGAUCAGGAGAGAGGAAAAAGAGAAGGAGGUGGAGAAGAGGAGGAAGGAGGCCACUAAAGGCAUCAGACAUCUCAUUAAACGGGAUCUGGACCGAGUCCAAGCAAAGCGUCAGGAGAAGCUGCAGAAGCAGAAGGAAGAAGAAGAGCGGCAGGAGAGGAUUAUGAUGAAGCUGAAGGAGAAAGUGGACAGCCACAUCGGCAGGGAUCCAUCCAGGUUGGUGAAGCCCACCAAGGGAUGGGAGGAGCGACUGAAGAGCGCCGGAUCUUCAGGAGGAGGACAAGUUCACCAAAUGUUUCACAGAGCUGUUCCUAGUUGGAGACAGGGGCUGUGAGGAUGUAGAUGCUCCUAAAUUUGGGAACAUUCAAGCUGUCAAAAACUCAUUAAAGGUACAAUAAAAAGGUGCAAAAGUGACUUUUGAAUAAUGUUCUAACAAUAAUGUGUCUCUAGAGCUUGUUUAUGGUAAUGGUAAUGGUUUAAUUUCAUUUGAACAUGCAUCAGAUUACAAUUGAAUGCAUCCCAUAAUCAGUUCCCAGUUCCACAUGUCCAAAAGGAGUAGGAAGAAGCAAAGCUUAUUAAAUACUACCCCUCCAUCUGGUACUUUUACAAUCAGUAAC